GGGCGCUGCUGCUGGUGCUGGGGCCCGACGAGGGACGCGCCGGAGCGGGGCCGCCGGGACUGAGCGAGCGACAGACGCGCCACCCGCCGACGCCGCAGCCGCUUGGGGCCCACACGGACCCUCUGCCUGAGUAUAGAAUGAGCCAAGGAGACUCCAACCCAGCAGCUAUUCCACAUGCCGCGGAAGAUAUUCAAGGAGAUGACAGGUGGAUGUCUCAGCACAACAGAUUUGUCCUGGACUGUAAAGACAAAGAGCCUGAUGUACUGUUUGUGGGGGACUCAAUGGUGCAGUUAAUGCAGCAAUAUGAGAUUUGGCGAGAGCUUUUUUCUCCACUUCAUGCCCUGAAUUUUGGAAUUGGGGGAGAUACAACAAGACAUGUUUUGUGGAGACUAAAGAAUGGAGAACUGGAGAAUAUUAAACCUAAGGUUAUUGUUGUCUGGGUAGGAACAAACAACCAUGAAAAUACGGCCGAGGAAGUUGCUGGUGGAAUUGAGGCCAUUGUACAACUUAUCAACACAAGGCAGCCACAGGCCAAAAUCAUUGUAUUGGGUUUGUUACCUCGAGGUGAGAAGCCCAACCCCUUAAGGCAGAAGAAUGCCAAGGUGAACCAACUCCUGAAGGUUUCCCUGCCGAAGCUUGCCAAUGUUCAGCUCCUGGAUACAGAUGGGGGCUUUGUGCACUCGGACGGUGCCAUCUCCUGCCACGACAUGUUUGAUUUUCUGCAUCUCACAGGAGGGGGCUAUGCAAAGAUCUGCAAACCGCUCCAUGAACUGAUCAUGCAGUUGUUGGAGGAAACACCUGAAGAAAAACAAACCACCAUUGCCUGACUGGCUCCAUCAGUGUUAAUAGCGUCCCAGCUUCCUCAGAUCAGUUGUAUCACUGGCACUACAGAAUCCUUCUCUUAAGGCACUUUGCAUUGUAGAAUGUUCCUGGAUGUUCAUAUCUAGUGUUUGAAGGGGAGGAGGGAUUUAAACUGUUCCUGUACAUAGAAGGUUUGUUUGAUAAGGGAGAAAAAUUAGCCAAGGAAGAUUCUCAUUUAAAUUGAUUUCAAACCAGAAGGGGACUUUUUAGUUAUAUGUGUUGACACAUUCAUUGAAUUAUCAUUUUUUCCUAGGACAACAUCAGGCCUAAGUACUGAACAAAAUGAAGAUUCUUUUUUUUUGGCCCUUUUUUUUCUGUGGAUUAUGUCAUAUAAUCAGAAUCACAUCUACUUGGCUUUAAAAUACAUUUUUCCAGUUUGAAGGUUCAUAAUUUAGCCUUUUUUUAUUUUUCUUUACUCAUAUAUUUGAAUUUUUUUCUUAACAUACACCAUUGAAUUGAAUAUGCAUUGUCAUUGAAAUAUGGGAGAUGGUAUAGUUUCAAGUGAAUUUAUUCCACUCUCUUAAUCUUGACCAUGUUUAUCAGAGAAAACUAGGUUUUGUCUCAUGGUGGGGGGACUCUGGAGGUUUGUUUUUAUGCUGCUGAGUAUCAUGUCUAUAAUAGACCCUUGCAUGCAGCCUUUCCUCCCUGUUACCCUCUCAAACCUCCUUUUCCUCCUUGUUUACUUUUAGGCCUUGUUGACAUUACUAGCUUUUAAAACACAUUUUUGACCUUAGGAGGCUCUGUUGGAAGCAUAAGUCCCCAGCCAAUUACUCUUACAGUAGUACUGAUGUGUGAUUCCUCCUUGUGUGAUUUUCCGUAAUAUAGAGUCUAUAAUGCUAUCCAUACCCAGAAUUUCAGUUUGUUUUGUUUGUUUCUCCCUUAAAAAUCUGUUAUAGUUUUUGGGGGGGGGCAUGGAACUCUCUCAUUCCAUAGCCCUGACAUUUCAUGUUUCAUAGUAUCUUAGGGUGUAUAUAUAUAUAUAUUUUUUUUUUUGGAUAUUGGCUUAGUGUUUAAAUUAUAUCUGUUCAGAAGAAUUUGGCCAUUUUUCAUGGGGAAACAAGUGUGAAGCUGCUCUUCAGAAUAGACAUGCUGUCUUUAUCUCACCAUUUUUGUAAAAAAGAACUAGGUUUGUUUAACUUUGAGGGUUUCUCUAUAAUGUAUCUUCAUCUGAGAAUUUCUUUCACGAGAGCGCUUUAUAAUAUUAAUGGUUGCCUGAGCUACAAAAACUACCAUUUAAAAAAUAACGGGACAGUAGGUGGCUUGUUGUUUAGUAUACCUAUGAAAUACGUGCAAACUGGAUCUACAAACACAUAUUUUAAACUGGACCAGGUGGGUAUUGAAGUAACCCACCAAAAUAUGCUGUGUUGUGAUUCUGCGUACUAUUCAAGUUCAGAGCUUAAGACAUACAUUUUACGUUCUGCUUGCAAGGUGAACAGCAGUGCUUUGUGUGUUAGAGGAGGCUUGCUGACUUGUGCUAAGAGCCAACUUCUGAUUGAGAAGGCUAAAAUUUGGGCUGAUUUUUUUUUCUUGUCAAGCCUCUUUCUAGGAAGUUUUGGGGUUUGUCUUUUUUUGUUUGUUUUUUAAAUACAUUUGUGAAUGUAUCAUGUCUUCAUUAACAACAGAAAGUGCACAUGGUGUUUACUAAACUUGUUUACUGUAUUAAAAUUUUUAUUUUCCUAGCCCAGGUUCUUAAAUUUUUCAAGACAGAUUUUUUUCUUUAGUUGAGGUCUUGGAAGGAGAAUUAAUUAAGCCAGAGUUUUGUGUGUAAAAAGACAGUUUCCUGUCCAGAUGUUAUCCUGUUCACCGGGGGUGGGAGUAUGUUCCAGUCACACCCCCAUUAGAUUACUCCUGAGCAUGCGCUUUUAACUACUUUGACUGAGGAUCAGAUACCUUUGUGAGCUGGCUUUCAGCUCCUUUGCUUAUGUGUAUGAGCCUCAGAUGUUACUACAUUUUAUAUCUACCAGAGCUAUUCAAGCAAUAGUAUUGGAACCACUAGCCUUUUAAAUAAAGUCUGCCCUACUAUUAAUGUGCA